CCAGGCUGCAGACAGACAAAUGAAAGGCAGCCAAACAAGUGCAAAGCAAAACCAACAUCACAGGACUUUGGGACGACACAAAAGCCCAAAGCCUCCUGGGAAAGCUGUCAGUGUGGGGAAGGAGGAAAAAGCCUCAAGUGAUCUGACAAAGGACCAUCAUUUUUCCAAAGAUGCUCCUGAAGUCAAGGAGCAUCCUGUGUCACCGGACGGCAGAAAGGCGCCGUCCCAACUCGAAGCCACCUCUCGUAAGGAUGAUGACAGGAACUGGUGUCAGAGCUUUGGAGAGCACGACUUUUCAGACGAUGACCAAAGAAGGGUCAGGGUAGGCGGAGACCUGCAGCAUCUUCCCUGGCUCAGCAGGGAUGACAUAGAGAAGAUGCAGCUCCUGACUGGUGGGGAAGUUGUCAGUAAGACCAGGGUGCCUGCACAUGGACAGGUCCUCCAGGUGGCAUUAGAUCUUCCUUCACACCACCAGAACAUCCCACAGCUGAAGGAUUCACAGCAGCAUGGAGCCGGACAUAACACUACUCACAGCGAGCGCUGCCAGCGUGGGCUCUGCUCCUUGAUCAAACGCCCUGAAGACUGGUUUGAAGUGUUUGCGUUCCACCUGGACAGAGUCCUCGGACUCAACAGAAGCCUGCCAGCGGUUCUCAGAACGUUCCACAAUAACAUUCUGCCCUAUAGAUACAUUGACGGCAACCCGAGACCUGUGGUUUGGUGGGAUCCUGACAUUCAGCAUCUUGAUGACAGAGACAGUGACCAGAACUCCGUGCCUCUAGGCUGGGUCCAGUACCAGAAGCUGUUACGGGCCAGGUGUGGGAACCAAACAGGCCUGAGUACAGAGCCGUGUGUGGGAGUUCUGCACGCAGAGUGGGGGCGACUGGCUCUGUUUGACUUCCUAUUACAAGAAGCCAUUGGAGAGAAGACUAAACAGGUGAACGACCGUCUGGACAGGAACUGCUGUGGGUUUACACCUGAUCCAACAGAACUCUGUGUGGAGAACCAGCUGCACAGCAAAUGUGGCAACAGCAAGGACCUGCAACUGGUUCAUAUUCUGGUGCGGAAGACCAAUCCUUCCAGACUUGUGUUCAUAGAUAACUCGGGCAGACCACAGCAAUCCAGUGACAACCUCAACUUCAGGCUGCUUGAAGGCAUCGAUGAGUUUCCAGAGAAAGCUAUCUCAGUGCUCCAGUCUGGCUGUCUGGAACAUCUUCUCCUGCGCUCCCUCUACACAGACAAAGAAUUCUGGGAUAGCUAUGGAGGACACACCGGUCUCAGGCCUCUUGUCCACUUGGUGGAGAAAAGGGGGCACUAUCUCCUCCAGCACAUUAGGGACAAGCGGCUGCUCCUCAGGAGGGACCUGUGACUCAGCUGGACUGACUAAACGGAAAUGGGAAAAUGAAGCCAUGGCAGGAUGAUUUGAUGGCAUGUCCUCAGUGUGACCUAAGGUUGAUCACUGGGGAAAAAUAUUGACUCUGAAAGCCCAGAGGUCUGGGAAACUGACUCGAGGCGGGUCCUUCAAUAGAACAUUGCAUUCAGCUCACAGAUGUCACAGUUUUUGCAUUUAUUUAUUUAUUUAUUUGAAGACUGGAGGGAGUCAGUGGCUGGCUUUGGAUGUCUGUUUC